CUGGGAGUCGGCCGGAGCCGCCAAGAUGUCGCUGCCCAAGAAGAGAAAGAUUGAGUCGGGGGGCGGCGGUGUCGGCGGCGAAGGAGGAGGAGGGGAGGGAGCCGAGCAGGAAGAUGGCGGAGAGCGGGAGGUGGCCCGGCCGCGACGCCCGUGGUGCCGCCGGCAGGAGCGGGACCAGCAGUACUACGAGUGCUACUCGGACAUCUCGGUGCACGAGGAGAUGCUGGCCGACCGCAUCCGCACCGAAGCCUACCGCCUGGGCAUCAUGCGCAACGGCGCGGCGCUGCGGGGCAAGACGGUGCUGGACGUGGGCGCGGGCACGGGCAUCCUCAGCAUCUUCUGCGUGCAGGCCGGGGCGCGGCGCGUGUACGCGGUGGAGGCCAGCGCCAUCUGGCAGCAGGCCCGGGAGGUGGUGCGGCUCAACGGGCUGGAGGACCGGGUGCACGUCCUGCCGGGGCAGGUGGAGACGGUGGAGCUGCCGGAGCAGGUGGACGUGAUCGUGAGCGAGUGGAUGGGCUACGGGCUCCUGCACGAGUCCAUGCUGAGCUCGGUGCUCCACGCGCGGGCCAAGUGGCUGAAGGAGGGCGGGCUGCUGCUGCCGGCCUCGGCCGAGCUCUUCCUGGCGCCCGUCAGCGACCCGACGCUGGAGCAGCGCCUGGGCUUCUGGGCCCACGUGAAGCAGCUCUACGACGUGGACAUGAGCUGCCUGGAGGCCUUCGCCACGCGCUGCCUCAUGGGCCCGUCGGAGAUCGUGCUGCAGGACCUGUGCGGCGAGGACGUGCUGGCCCGGCCGCAGCGCGUGGCGCACCUGGACCUGGCCCGCGCGGGGCUGGAGCAGGAGCUGCAGGCCGGGGUGGCGGGGCGCUUCCGCUUCAGCUGCUACGGCUCGGCGGCCAUGCACGGCUUCGCCUUCUGGUUCCAGGUGACCUUCCCGGGAGGGGACUCGGGGAAGCCCCUGGUGCUGUCCACCUCGCCCUUCCACCCGGUCACGCACUGGAAGCAAGCCCUCCUCUACCUGAACGAGCCGGUGCAAGUGGAGCAGGACACGGCCAUCUCCGGGGAGAUCACGCUGCUGCCCUGCAGCCACAACCACCGGCUCCUGCGUGUGCAGCUGAGCUACAAAGUGGGCGACGAGGAGGAGAAGGCCAAAGACUUCUCCAUGGAGGAUGGGCAGUGGCUUCUCUCCCAGCAGCUGCCCCCCGAGGAGGAGGCCAGGCUUUCCCGGUAGAGGCGAAGCGGGGGAGGCCACAGCAGAAAGGGAGAUCCCGCCUGCAAAACUCGGGGGGCAUUAUGUUCUGUCUGCCUUUUCCCUCCUGGCUCCUGGAGAGACUGACUGACUGCACUCUCCCUUGUUCCUGGCGACAUUUAUUUUAAAUAUGACCCCGAUGCCCCCAGCGAUGAAAACAGCGUGUUUAUGAGUAGGCUUUUGAGCCUCAAAAGUAUGUGGUACCAAGCACUUGUAUUUCAGUUUGUUUGUUUGUUUGUUUCACGAAAGAAAAAACACGUAAUAAAAUGUCUGUAUGAAAGUUCCAUGCAAAA